UGUAUUCAUUAAUACUCGAGGCUUCUCACAGCCGCAACACUCUUCACAAAGCUCUCCACUUCCGGCCAUCCGACGGCGUCCACCAUAAUUUCCGACAGUCUGAACAACUUACUUGAAUAUGAUUCUAAGCCAAUGCUCUAUGAUAUCUGGGAGUGCUUUUAUGAAUUAUAGGGCAUGUUACUCAGCUUCUGUGGGUGUGCCUUGCUUGCCCGCCAAAGUUCCAUUCUCUAGCAUUAGGAGUUCAUGGGGACCUCGUCAAGAACCAAAAUCGUCGUCUUUUGGAGGACCGCCACUUCUGCAGCUUUCGUCUGCAUCAACGCCGCUUUUUAGUGGUGAUCAAGGGAGCUUGUCAGAUAGAAUACCCAUGCUACCAAGGCGAGGGAGAUCUUUUAUGUCCCCAAGAGCAUCGAAGGAUGUCCCUUACAGUUUUCGGUAUCCUGCAAUGACCAAGAAGCCAAAAUGGUGGUGGAGGACAUUAGCAUGUCUGCCCUAUUUAAUGCCCCUCCAUGAGACAUGGAUGUAUGCUGAGACAGCAUAUCAUCUCCACCCAUUCUUGGAGGAUUUGGAAUUCUUGACAUACCCUUUCUUGGAAGCAAUUGGCAGAUUGCCAAGCUGGUUCUUAAUGGCAUAUUUCUUUGUUGCAUAUCUUGGAGUGGUGAGGAAAAAGGAAUGGCCCCACUUCUUUAGGUUUCAUGUGGUGAUGGGCAUGCUAUUGGAGAUUGCCUUACAGGUGAUAGGGACUGUAAGCCGUUGGAUGCCGCUGGCCGUAUAUUGGGGUAAGGUUGGUAUGCAUUUCUGGACUGCUAUUGCAUUUGCUUACCUUUUCACGGUUCUGGAGUGCAUGAGGUGCGCCCUUGCUGGGAUGUAUGCAGACAUUCCUUUUGUGUGUGAUGCGGCAUACAUUCAAAUUCCGUAUGAUUAAGGAGGGUACGCAUAGGAGUGGCAGAUGGUACUUGCGUCACGUCUUUUUGUAGGAUAUGUUGUCUACUUCUUUAGUGUUUUUUCCCCUUUUUUGUUGAGUAAAUAACUAAAUUAAGUUCUUGAAUUUGGCAUUGCCCAGACUUGAACUGGAAACCAAUGAUAGGCUCGGCUUUUGGAUGAGUUCUUUUUAAUUUAUGUAGUUGUUUUUGUACCCAAGUGAUGCUUAUAAAAACUCUCAUUUGAAAUUUCCAAGACUUUAGAGGAGUAGUUUAUGUAUACCGGACUUGAUAUUCCUUGUACUUGUGUCUCUGAAUUCCUUUUCU